AGUUGGGUUUGAGGCGCGCACGCGUACGGACGCCGAGAGAAAGAGCAGCGACUGGGCGAAAGAAAGCAGGCGGAGAAAACAGGAAUCGCUGAUCGGUGGCAAAGGCAGCAAUAGCAGCAGCAGCAGAAGCGGCUGAAGAAGAAGCCGAGCAGACGCCGAAUUAGAAAUGUUUACCAUUUAAGCGACGCCUAAUGGAAAUACUCUCACGUACCGCACCGCUCUCGGCUCUCUUGAAAACGCGCUCUCCCGCGUUAAAGUGAAAGUUUUCCCCACAAAAGUGGCGAAGGUCCGUUAUCUUGGCCGCUGUUCGGGCCAACUCGCAAUCAGUCAGUCAGACACACGCGGAGCGUUCAGUCGACCGGACGCAUGGUCGCUGAUACAAGAUACAAGAUACACGAUAUAGAUACCCGAUACCCAGAUACUAUAUAUGUGGUGCAGUGUGUUAGUGUUUUGGUGCGAGCAACUGUAAAUUCGCAGCUGACCAAAGAAAGUGCGGUCGUCGCAAUAAAACCGAAUUAAAUUCAAUCGAAAUCGGAAUCGGAUCCACACAGUUACAACUCAAUUCGCGUUCGUCGCCUAAGUCUUUCGUUCAGCGCGCUUCGCUGCCACGCUGUUUUCGCACUCACGCCCGAUUUUCGGUGGCAAUUUCGAAACAAGCAGGGCGCAUAUCACUAUCACAACGAGCUGCCAGACGGUCUAGGCCAAGAACUCCCCGCAGGUGUCCGGCAGUCCAGCAGCAAACAUGUUUAAGUGGGUUACGCCGGCCUCAACGGCGACGUUGUCCCGCUGCACACUGCCAGCAACAACAGCAGCCACAACAACAACAACGGCGAUGGCAGCAACGAGAACAGCAACGACAACGACGAGAACAACAAGACCACAACUACUUUCCAUCGCUUUAACAAGUUUAAUAAUAAUAGUCGCAUCAUUUGUGCCGACAACAAGUGGAUUUAGAUCAAUUGAAACGAAUGGCGGUGGUCGCAAGCUCUUUGGGGGCUAUCGCAUCACACCGAAGCACUGCCGUGCCACCAAGACGCUGCCCAGCUCGGAUCCACGGGCCAAUGGACCCACCAUCUGCAUGUUUAACCACGAGUGCGCACAGCGGGGUGGCGAGGUGGUGGGCGCCUGCAUGGACGGCUUCCUCUUCGGCGCCUGCUGCCAGAUCCCGCCCACCCACGAGUUGGCCAGCACGCUGAUUAACGAGGCGCAGAACGCCUACUUCCAGCAGCACCAGCAGCAGACGAAGCUCCAGCAGUCAGCAGCCCAAUCCUCGUUCGAAAGCUACGGCGAACAGCAACAGUCAUUGAGCGAGGAGCAGGUGGCACAGCAGCCGUCGCAGAACAUCUACGAUCAGCAGAACCUGGACAAGGUGUACCAGCAACUGGACAGCAGCAGUAGCAUCAGUCCACCCAACGGAGCCUACGGCGAUGAGCCGCAGCAGCAGGAGUAUCAGUCGGAGUCGGAGCAGCCCGUAAGGGAUGAGAAUGCGUAUCCUACCAGCAGUUCAUCCACCGAGGCCACUCAGUCGCAGUCCUCCUCCGCCAGUGUGGAAUUUGAGCAGGAGCCCUCCCAACCAGCAGAUGCCUCCAACGAUCAGACCACUCAGAAGAUCAACAAACAGCCCGUCCAGCCACCCAACUUCCACGUCCACAAGCACUCCGUAACCAUCAACUCACCCUCUUCGCCGCCUCAAAACGAUGACUUCGUAAUGCAGGUGCUAAGCACCUUGCCACCUGAGCAUGCGGAUGACCAUCAUAUUGUCUUUACCACCGAGGUGCCCACCAAGAUCACCAGUGGAUUGCAGGAUCAAACGAGCUCUGAGUCCAACUCCUUCGAAGAGGUGUCUUCGACGCCAGCAGCCACCCAAAAACCGAAACCCAAGCCAACUCAAAUGCCCACUCAGAAGACCACUCAGAAGGCCACGCAGAAGCCCACUCCAAAGCCCACACAGAAAGCCAAGCCGAAACCAGUUCCCCAACUGGCGGAGAGCAUGAAGCGACCCAUCCAACAGAAGCCACAGCAGGUGGCGAAACCUAAGCCAAGCCCUAAGCCUGCCCAGUCCACAAACAACCACCACCACAACCACUUGAUCCUGGACGGUGGCGAGUUCACGCACAGUGACAUCACCCACCCCGGAGCAGAUGCCGAUCUCGUGGAGGAUCUGCAAUUCUCCACUGGCUAUGGCCCCCAACCUGUGUACGCAGAACCACCGAAGCAGCAACAGCAACAGCAACCUGCUGAGCAGAGCUACAUUUCCUCCAGCACUAGUGCGAAACGUCCAACGACAGGUCAUAAUAGUCCCACCACUGUUUCGUCAAUUACCACCCACGUAGACUCUAUCGAGUCCAUCAUCCUGCAGCUAAACAAUACCAGUCAUGGUCCCAGCUAUAAUGUUGUGAGCCAGCAGACCCCAUCAUAUGGAUAUCCUGGAGCAGCAGUGGUUCAGACUGAGCCAGCAGCCCAAAAUCCGACCUUCUACCAGGAGAACGAGUCGGAGAAGGUCCAGGAGUCGGACUCGCAGUCUGAUUACGGUUACACCACCACAGUUAACUACGAGUCUUUCUACGACAAGGUUUCAGAUGAGCAGGAUGCCUCCGCUGCUGUCAGUCAGUCUGCUGAGAUGCCCACCGCACGUCCUGGAUACGGAGAAGAUGUUUCCGCUGUGCUGGAGGACCAUACGAUGCCGGCCAAUGGUUACCACGAUGCCGAGGCUCCAGUUGCUCCACAGACUUCGGAGUUUAACAAGAUGCCAGUGAUGGGCAUUGCCUAUCCAGUGGAUAUGUCUUAUAUGGAGGAGGAGGGAAAUCUUCCGGCCACUGCAGCUGGUUAUGGCCAGAUGAGCAGUGACUCCUACGAGGCGAGCACUGAAUCCACCUACCAGAAGUUGUCAACGGUCCAAACGGAGGAGCCGCAGCCAACUUACGUGCGCCCCACAACCAAUGCCAAUAAGCAGAAUCGCCCAGUGGCCUCCUACAUUGGAAUGGUGACAAUGCAGCACUAUAACCCGCAGCCCGGAAAUGGUGACUACCAGGCUCAAGUGCCCCCCGAAGUAUCCGUGUCCUCGCACACCACCAAAGUCCAGGAGCAGAUGGAUGAGACCUCGAAUGGCUAUCAGCAAUCGGAGACCACUUCUGGCUAUGUUUCGCCACCAACUGCUGUUCCUGCGCCAGCACAGCGGCCUCAGUAUGACGCUGUCCAGGGUGAUGCUUCCUCGGAGCGACCUGUCCUGGUGACGGCCAGUCCCAGGCCCCGACCCAAGCCCAGUACCAAGCGACCUGCCGUGAAGAGACCCAUCAGCGGCGAGAGCACCAAGAAGAAACCUCAGCCACAGCCAAGUGCCGGUGCCUACAACCAAGAGAAGAUCAGCGAACAUAGCACAAGAAAGCCAGUGUCCAAUGGAUACGAUAAGGUACCCGAGUCGCCCAUCACACACAUUCAGAUUAAGAAGCCAUCGGCAACUCAACACAAGGAACAAGAGCAGACGGGAUACCCCAGACCUGCCAGCCCUGCGGGAUACGAACAGACAACUGCCGCAGCUCCUGCGCCAGCUGCUCCUUCUCUCAACUACGACAAGCCGGAUGCUCCUCCCAGCCAGUACGACCAGCCCUCGGCUCCAUCCGCAAGUUACGAUCAGUUGGCGCCGAUGCCGUCUCUCAACUACAACGAGCAGCACGCUAGUUCACCAGGAAGGAAGCCGUCAACGGCCAAGCCCAUUUCCACCAGCUAUGUGACCGGACCCAGUACCCCACGACCCCCAGCCACCGUUGAUUACCACUAUGACAAUGUGCCACCACUGUUCAUGGCGGACGACAAGCUGGAUGCCUUCAUCCAGAGCACUGCGGAGAACAUUGUCGGAUCAACCCCGGGCAACUAUCAGCCUCCGCUGGUGGCUACCGCAUCGACGCCCGCUUACGCCCAUAGACCAACCAGCAGUGGUAGCUAUGGCCAUAAGAAGCCUGGCUUCGUCCAGAUCAAUGGAACACCCAAACCUCCCAGACCGACGGUGCUCAUUACGCCCAAGCCCACUGCCAUAAAUCUUGUGACCUACAGCUCUUUGAGCGACGAUAGCAACAAGCUGGCCUCCAGCACAAGUUCUUAUGUGACCGGAAGACCGGGAGUACAGGGAGUAAGUUCCAACGACUUCAAGGAUCCCGGAUACUUUGGCAGUAGCCCCGUCCAUGUGGCAUUCACGCAAUCCACCACAGAGGCCGUCUACGCAGUGCCCUCCGAUGACAAGCCAGCAUUCCCAGGAUACUUCGGGCCAACGCCCUCGUAUCCCGCCUUCUCAGUUCCCGGCGAGAAAGUGGGCCAGAAUGUUAUGGAGGAAACCUACACGUCGCCCAAUGAUUUCGUCAACUUCCCGCCGGUAAGGAACCCCAAUCUGAACAUGUCGGCUGCCUCCAGCGCAGUGACCAGCGAUCUCGACCUCUCCACACCCGCCUUUGUGGAGGAUGUGGUGCUCAAGGACAAGAUGCACACCCUGGUUCACAAAUUGGUAGCCUCGCUGCAGGGUAACUUUGAGGCCCUGGCCGAUAUGAUCGAAGAGCCGGGAAGCAACAAGACCGUGGCCACCUACCAAGCCGGAGCAGGAGGAACUGCCAAGCCUGUGAGAGUAGUAACCACACGGAAGCCUGUGAGGACAGCCACCACAACCAGGCCCAAGGUAACCACAAAGAAACCAGUCACCCGGGUCACGACAAAGGCUCCCAACAAGAAGACCUCCGCUGUCAGCACCACCACUCGCAAGCCCGCUACGCGUCGCACCACCGUUGCCGCAAAGGUAACCACCACCACUCGGAGACCGGCGACCAAGAAGCCAACUCGCAGGGUAAGCAGUACCGUGAAGACCACGACCGUUAGUUCGGCUAGACCGGCGGACGACGAGAUCGUGGACGAGGAGGACGAAGAGGACGUUAACCCGAAUCCCAGCGACAACGAGAUUGACCAAGGAGCUACUUUGAGCUCGUACGGCGGAGCCAACGGUCGGAAGAUUCCACGCCGCAAGCACAAGCGGCGUAAUCAGAAGACCACCUAGACCAAUUCCCAUAAAGAAACCCCCUCCUAGUUCUAGUGCCCCUUUUCCACUCCCCCUCCACUCAAUUGUCCCACCAGUUCUAUGCUUCCCCAACUCUCAGACUCGACUUCUCGAACACUCCCCACUCCUAACCUCGCAUUUCACUCCCCAUCAACAGAGUGCGGUGUACGGCCCCAUGUCAAGUCCGGCCGCAUUGUCGGAGGCAAGGGCUCCACCUUCGGCGCCUACCCCUGGCAGGUCCUCGUCCGGGAGUCCACCUGGCUGGGCCUAUUCACCAAGAACAAGUGCGGCGGCGUCCUAAUCACCAGCCGCUACGUCAUCACCGCCGCCCAUUGUCAGCCUGGAUUCCUGGCCUCUCUGGUGGCUGUUAUGGGCGAGUUUGACAUUUCCGGCGACCUGGAGAGCAAGCGUUCAGUGACCAAGAAUGUCAAGCGCGUCAUUGUCCACCGGCAGUACGAUCCAGCCACGUUUGAAAACGAUCUGGCCCUGCUGGAACUGGACAGUCCAGUGCAAUUCGAUACCCAUAUAGUGCCCAUUUGCAUGCCCAAUGAUGUGGCGGACUUCACUGGACGCAUGGCGACAGUGACGGGAUGGGGACGCCUUAAGUACGGAGGUGGAGUUCCCUCCGUUCUCCAGGAGGUGCAGGUGCCGAUUAUCGAGAACAGCGUUUGCCAGGAGAUGUUCCACACCGCUGGACACAACAAGAAGAUUCUCACCUCCUUCCUGUGCGCCGGCUAUGCCAACGGACAAAAGGACUCGUGCGAGGGCGACAGUGGCGGUCCGCUGGUGCUGCAACGACCGGAUGGACGCUACGAGUUGGCCGGAACCGUUUCCCACGGCAUCAAGUGUGCGGCGCCGUAUCUGCCAGGUGUCUAUAUGCGCACCACCUUCUACAAGCCGUGGCUGCGCAGCAUAACGGGCGUGAAAUAGGUAGUCGCCUCCACAGUUUUCAAGUUUCUCCCCAUCCCAGAGAUGGCCAGCGCCAACUAACUGCUGAGGCAGGAGCACCAAGUGUAAAUAGAACGUAGAGUUUUAAGAGUCGCGGCUAGAAGCGUGGGAAAGUUGGCUCAUCCUUUGCGACGUCGCAUCUUCGGACCCCUUCCUCGAACCCCCUCCAUGCUACCAUCAUUUCAUUAGCUUAAUAGAAAAUCAACUGCAGCAUUUCAAACGACAUUCGCCGGGUAUUUCCACAUUCCGAGUUAGCGACAUUUCGCUUGAGGAUGACUGCAGAUUUCGUUUUUUUGAGUACGCGUGCCUAACACUUGUAGAGUCUGAAUGAGAAUUACGCUGAUUGCAAAACGUAGGGAUAAGACAUAUUUAUUCUAGUUCUAAGCCUAUUUAUUUGACUAUUUAUUUAUUUAUGUGACGUGACGUGAGGAAGCGCGACGAUUUGUGCGUUUGAUUCAACUAAAAAAAUUGUUAUCUUCAUAGGCAAAUUGUUGUUAUGUUCAAAUGAGAGCGAGAGCAAAUGUUUUUAGUUCAAUUGAAUUUACUAAUUUAUCGAUUUAUAUUAUUAAUUCUUUUAUCUAAAUAUGUUAAUUGUUAAGUGAACGAACCAAUCGAAAAAAAAUCGAAAUAAACGACAUACAUUUUAGUAAAAAC